AUGCCUAGAUCGUGGAGAGGACUGGUUAAAAAGGAGUUUAGCCCCUUGUUUCCGGGCUUCAAGCUCGGAGAGAAGAAGGUCUACCUGCCGAACCAUACCAUCACCUUCAUUCGCAAAGACAGAGUCCCGCCCAACUGGGCCACUUUCCAGGUGCCCCUCACAUUCACGAAGCUCGACAUCCGCGACUACCUCUGGAACCUCUACAAAGUCCACACGACCGGGGUGCGCUCAUGGGUGGACUCGAGCAGCGCGGUCCGUAAGCCGCGCGGGGGCUACUACCGCCCGCAGCCCAAGAAGUUCAUGAUGGUCCAGCUGGUGAAGCCCUUUGUGUGGCCCGAGCCGCCCAAGAACCUCGAGCCGUGGAACAAGAAGCUGUGGCAGGCGCGUACGGACGCGGCGAACGAGCACUUCAAGAGCCAGGCCCACCUCCAGGCCGGCAACCUGCAUUACCCCAGCGAACUAGCCAUGACCAGCACGCCGCGGAAGCGGCUUGCGGAACAGGCGAAGGCACUGCUGAACGGAGAGAAGCAGUGGGUUGAGCCGGACAACUUGGACAGCAAGUGGGACAAGAUCGCGGAGGUGGCGAAGAGGGAGAGAGAGGCGAAGCAGCAGAAGUAUGACACGGAGAAAGAGGAGAGGCUGGGGACGGAGAAGCCGGCGAGGAGGGAGAAGAAGGCCCGUGAGAAGGAGGCCGGCGAGAAGGAGGCCGGUGAGAAGGAGGUAGAGAAACAAUGA